AUGGAGAUGAAGACGUCCGCUGCACUGGAGAAGCUGUCCUCCCAAGGCAGUGACUCGGGCAGCGACAGACUCCCCAAACUCGUGGCUGCAGACUCCACCAUCCCUGCCAGCUUCCCACUGGCUUCGCCCUUCUGGUGGAAUCGCGUCAGGAAGCUGCAGCCGCAGGCCACAGGCCCCCUCCACCUUGCCAUCGUUACCGCACUGACUUUCUUCGGUGGCUUUGUCGGCCACUUCGUGACGUACAGCUGGACUGCGGAGUUGGAGACGUAUGCCGCCAGCCUCGGCGAGGACCCAGACUUGAACUACAUCGAGUGGCGGAAUGCGGCCCUGGCCAGUUUCGGUUUCUUUGUGGGUGGGCUGGGAUUCCCCUUCCUCCUGGCCGUCUUCCUUCCCAAUCUGUACCGGUACUUGCGUGACACCCGGACUGGCAGCGCCACCGACGAGCAGAUGGAGGUGAACAGCAGUGUCCAUGACACGGUCGCCAUGGACUGCAAGCUGGUGGGCGACCAGCUGGUGGUCCCUGGCACCGAUCUAAGCAUUCCCAUCGCCUCCGGCCGCCCCGAUUUUGCCGCCGUCCUGCAGGCUGCAGCCAAGGAGACGGGCGCCAAGCAUGUGGGGGUGUACGUGGCAGGGCCAGAGCCCCUGGCCCAGGCCGCCCACCUCGCCAUCUGCGAGCUGAACGGCAGUGGAAAGGGGUGCGCCCACUUUGACUUCCACAACAUGGCCGGGUUCCUGUGA